CUGGCGGCGGCGGCGGAGCGGCCUGGGGGCUCCCCCCGGCGUGCGCGGGCCGAGCGGGCCGGGCCGGCGGCCGUGGCGGGGCUAUGAUGCGCCCGCUGCGGGGCUCCGCACCCCCGUGUGUCCCCCAGGCAGGUCCGGCCCGCGGCUGAGAACCCCCCACCGGCGGUAUGGCCUCACAGCUGCAGGUGUUCUCCCCUCCGUCAGUAUCCUCGAGUGCCUUCUGCAGUGCCAAGAAACUGAAAGUGGAGCCCUCUGUCUGGGAUGUUUCAGGACAGAGCAGUAGUGACAAGUAUUAUACCCACAGCAAAAACCUCCCAGCAGCUCAAGGGCAAGCAAGCUCCUCUCAUCAGGUAGCCAAUUUCAGCAUCCCUGCUUACGAUCAGAACCUCCUUCUCCCUGCUCCCUCAGUUGAGCACAUUGUGGUUACAGCAGCCGACAGCACAGGCAGCAGUGCGACGGCAUCCUUCCAGACCAGCCAAACCCUCACUCAUAGGAGCAACGUUUCUUUACUGGAACCCUACCAAAAAUGUGGAUUAAAAAGGAAAAGUGAAGAGGUUGACAGCAACGGUAGUGUGCAGAUAAUUGAGGAACAUCCACCUCUCAUGCUGCAAAACAGACCUGCGGUGGGUGCUGCGGCCACAACCACCACGGUAACCACUAAAAGCAGCAGCUCCAGCGGGGAAGGAGAUUAUCAGCUGGUCCAGCAUGAGAUCCUGUGUUCUAUGACAAACAGCUACGAGGUCUUGGAAUUCCUGGGACGAGGCACGUUUGGGCAGGUGGCCAAAUGCUGGAAGCGUAGCACGAAGGAGAUUGUGGCCAUCAAAAUCCUGAAGAACCAUCCUUCCUAUGCCAGGCAGGGCCAGAUAGAGGUGAGCAUCCUCUCUCGCUUGAGCAGUGAGAAUGCUGACGAGUACAACUUUGUUCGCUCCUACGAGUGCUUUCAACACAAGAAUCACACCUGCCUUGUCUUUGAGAUGCUGGAACAGAACUUGUAUGACUUCUUAAAGCAAAAUAAGUUCAGCCCUUUGCCCCUGAAAUACAUCCGGCCAAUCCUGCAGCAGGUGGCUACUGCCUUGAUGAAGUUAAAGAGCUUGGGCCUGAUACACGCCGAUCUGAAACCAGAGAACAUCAUGUUGGUAGAUCCUGCACGCCAGCCCUACAGGGUGAAGGUGAUAGACUUUGGUUCAGCCAGCCACGUGUCUAAAGCAGUGUGCUCCACCUACCUGCAGUCACGCUACUACAGAGCUCCUGAAAUCAUACUGGGUUUACCCUUCUGUGAAGCUAUUGACAUGUGGUCACUGGGCUGUGUGAUAGCUGAGCUGUUUCUAGGCUGGCCUCUAUACCCAGGAGCAUCUGAGUACGAUCAGAUCCGUUAUAUUUCACAAACUCAAGGCCUUCCAGCGGAGUAUCUUCUCAGUGCAGGAACGAAAACAAGCAGGUUUUUUAACAGAGAUCCAAAUUUGGGAUACCCACUGUGGAGGCUGAAGACUCCAGAAGAACACGAGUUGGAGACAGGAAUCAAAUCAAAAGAAGCUCGGAAAUAUAUAUUCAACUGUUUGGAUGAUAUGGCGCAGGUGAAUAUGUCUACAGACUUAGAAGGGACUGAUAUGUUGGCAGAGAAGGCUGACCGAAGGGAAUAUAUUGAUUUGUUGAAGAAAAUGUUGACAAUUGAUGCAGAUAAGAGAAUUACUCCACUGAAGACUUUGAACCAUCCAUUUGUUACAAUGACACAUCUACUGGAUUUCCCACACAGUAAUCAUGUGAAAUCUUGCUUCCAGAAUAUGGAGAUCUGCAAGCGAAGAGUUAAUAUGUACGAUACGGUGAAUCAGAUUAAGAGCCCAUUCACCACUCACGUUGCUCCUAAUACAAGCACAAAUCUGACAAUGAGCUUUAACAACCAACUCAACACAGUACACAAUCAGGCCAGUGUGUUGGCUUCCAAUUCUACUGCUGCUGCUACUCUUUCCCUGGCAAACUCAGAUGUCUCACUGCUAAACUACCAGUCUGCUCUGUAUCCAUCAUCUGCAGCACCAGUUGCAGGAGUGGCACAACAGAGUGUUUCUUUGCAACCCGGGACCACCCAGAUCUGCACCCAGACUGACCCCUUCCAGCAAACGUUCAUUGUUUGUCCCCCUGCUUUCCAAACUGGGCUUCAGGCAACUACAAAACAUUCUGGGUUCCCAGUAAGGAUGGAGAAUGCUGUCCCAAUUGUACCACAAGCACCUGCAGCACAGCCACUGCAGAUCCAGUCUGGAGUUCUCACACAGGGAAGCUGUACACCACUAAUGGUAGCAACUCUUCAUCCUCAAGUAGCCACCAUCACGCCGCAGUAUGCGGUGCCCUUUACUCUGAACUGCGCAGCCGGGCGGCCGGCGCUAGUAGAACAGACGGCUGCAGUACUGCAGGCCUGGCCUGGGGGAACCCAGCAGAUUCUGCUUCCUUCCACCUGGCAGCAGCUCCCAGGGGUUGCUUUACACAACUCUGUUCAGCCGGCGGCCGUGAUUCCGGAGACCAUCAGUGGCAGCCAGCAGUUAGCUGACUGGAGGAAUGCACAUUCCCAUGGAAAUCAGUACAGCACCCUCAUGCAACAGCCAUCACUACUGACCAACCACGUGACAUUAGCUACAGCACAGCCCCUGAAUGUUGGAGUUGCUCAUGUUGUCAGGCAGCAGCAAAGCAGCAACGUUGCGGCCAAGAAGAACAAGCAGCCAGCACCGAGCGCAGCCAAGCCCAGCUCAACUCUAGAGACUGUGCCCUCACAAGUUUACUCGCUCAUUGGGAGCAGUCCUCUGCGCUCCACCUCCUCCUCUUCCAACGUCCUCGUCCCAGUGCAGGAGCAGCACCAGCCCAUUGUGAUCCCAGACACUCCAAGCCCCCCUGUCAGUGUCAUCACCAUUCGCAGCGACACCGAUGAGGAGGAGGACAGCAAGUACAAACCUGCCAGUUUGGGUAUGAAGCAGAGAUCCAAUGUCAUCAGCUACGUUACUGUCAAUGACUCCCCUGAUUCCAGCUCCUCCCUGAACAGCCCCUAUGCCACAGACCCGCUUUCCUCGCUCAGGAGUACAGGCGGUGCCCUGGAGCUGCCGAGCAGAGGGGCAGCUGACAGCUCCAGCUCUCGGACUAUCAUUGUGCCACCCUUGAAAACACAGCUCAAUGACUGCAUUGUAGCCACCCAAGCUUCAGGCAUCCUGAGCAGCACCAGUAAGAGCAAACCAGUGGCCUCUGUGAGCGGGCAGUCGUCGGGAUGCUGUAUUACCCCCUCCGGGUACCGCUCACAUCGCGUGGUGACCAACGGUGUGCAGCCCCUCAAUCUCAGCCAGAACCAGCAGAACACAGUGCUGGCCUCCCAGGAGCGAAGCGGAAACGCCGUCCCGCGUAGGCAACAAGCUUACGUGGCACCCCUGACGUCAACUAUUUCUCAGGCUCCCUACACCUUUCAGCACAGCAGCCCAGUGCAUCCCCACCUGGCAGCAGCCACAGCCAGUGCCCAUCUCUCCAGUCAGCCCCACAUGUACACUUACGCCCCCACCACCGCUGCCACGCUGGGCUCCACCACCUCCAUCGCCCACCUCUUCUCCCCUCAGGGCUCCUCGCGCCACACCACCUACGCUGCCCACCCCAGCACGCUCGUCCACCAGGUCCCUGUGAGCGUUGGUCCGAGCCUGCUGACUUCUGCCAACGUCCCACCUACCCAGUACCAACACCAAUUUGCUCCCCAGUCCUAUAUUGGUGCUUCCAGAGGAUCUGCUAUUUACACUGGAUAUCCGCUGAGCCCUACAAAGAUCAACCAGUACUCCUACUUGUAGUCCCCAGCAAAGCACUGUCCUGCAAUGGGCCUGAGAGGUUGGAGAAGGAUUUCGGGUGAACCAUUCCCUGGGAACGACUUGCCUGGUUUUUUGUUUCUCCCUGACCUGGUUGUAUGUUGUUCACAUGAUGUCUCUGGUGAGUGGAGUCCCUGAGUGGCAUGCAGUGUUACCAGGACCAGGGGCACUAAUUCAGUUUUUAAAAGUUUUACUUUUUUUUAUAGAUGCUUUUAAAAAAAAGCCAACAACCCAACAACAAAAUCCAUGGUCAUGUUUAUUAUUUAAAGUGAUUCUGUUGUGCUAAUCAAAAAGAGGAAAGAAAGUCUGUGUCUUAGAAGACAUCCUGAUGACUUUUUGUAGACUCAGCAGAUGAGAUUUUAGCAGCCUGCACAGACCCGUGUCGCCACUGAGCACGUGUCACACGUAGCUCGUGUUGCUGAGGCAGCUUUCCAGUCGAGGUUAAUAGUUUCACAUUCGUUCUCUGAUUCACUUUUGCCUCUUAACACAUUGCUGGUUCUGCAGAAGCCAUUUCAUCUCUGGAUAUGUUGCUGUCCAAGGGGUUUGUUUACUUCUCUGCUUUGUUUGAGGACUGGUAGAGGCAGCUGCCUUGUACUGGCGACCCUGAAAUCUCUUUUGUUGAACCCUCUCUGUGACACAGCUGUGUUCCUUGCAGAAUUCUUCUUCAGUUUUUCAAACUGUAUCCAAGGUCUCGCUGUGUACCAGAACUCAGCAGCUUUGUCAGGAUGCUGUAGGCUUCAGUGGGAGUGAAUAGUGCAGCACUGCUCUGAAACGUGCUUUCUGCACCCGGGUAGAUGCUGGUCUUACAACAGAGCUGGAUUCCUUCACGGAAGCACAGGGCUUUUCUUUUCUUCUGGCUUUUAGUUUUCUCCAUGUUUCUCCUCACAUGAUUCAUUUAGGGAGGGUGUUGAGUGUGAAACACAACGAAACAUCACUGUCUUGAUGUGUACAGCUUUUUAUACUCCUGUCAGCGUAUCCUCCUGGAUAUGCCAACAGCUACUUUAAAGCGCUCUUAAUAAGACUUGUAAGCAGUCUGUGCAUGUAGGAACUGCAGGAAAAAAAGCAAAAGGCAAAAAAAAAGGAAAAGAGAAAAAAAAUAAGGAAAAAAAAAUCCAGAUUUUAAAGUUUAUUACUGAAUUUAAAACUAUUUUAGAAGUUUUGUAUUGGUGGUGUUUUAAUAUUUUACAUAAAAUGAAAUAUGUACAUAUUGAUUAGAAAAAUAUAACAAGCAAAAGCUCCUGCUAACCCCAAACCGUUCUGUCUUUGUAAUCCAAAUGUGUAGUGAUUAUACUUGAACUCUGUACGUAGUGUUUGUCUAAUUCUUCAACGUUCCUGGGGAUGGAGUUGAUGUAUCCUUUGUAUUUAAACCAAAAUGAAUUGAUUCGUGUUGGAAUGUAUGUGACAUAAUGCAAUGGUUAGAGCUCAUCACUGUAGCACUGGGAGAGGAGUAGAGCUUCGUGAGAGACAAGGAUACCUUCUGAUUUGUUUUGCACAGGUAUGUGUGAUGAAGAAUUGUUUGGUGUGUCCCCUUAUGUAGUGCCUUAAAUGAUGAUGUAGUGUGACUAGAGUUUACAGUGAGCUUGCCUUAUGAGGGACCAGCAAGCCCCCGUCGAAUUGAAGCAAUCCACUAAGCUUAUCCCAGCCAGAGCAGCAGUUGUGUCGCGUCCCUGCGUCCUCCUCGCCUUCAAUGCCAUCACAGAAAAGGCUACAUUUCCUUUUGUUCAGAGCAAAGCAAUGUUUUUCCUUCAAGCUUUUCCUUGAAGUGGCACAUGUACUGUUAGAUGUCUGUCGGUGCAUUUCGACUAAGGUAGUGCUGGGAAUGCAUUGGAAUGUUUAGUCUAAUAUUGCAGAAGUGAUUAAAUACGUGCAAUCACUCUUUAUUAGAUGAGUGUGGCGUCACCUUCCCCCACGUUAAUAGCAGACAUUUCCUGUAAAAUAUUGCUAGCUUGGUGGUAGAAUAUUUAUACCAAAGAGAGCCUGCUGUAAAGCACAUCAUACCAUUAAAAAGUUUUAUAAUGCUACUGCUAAUGUGGAGUUGUUGGAAAGGUUUGUCAGCUGUAGCCCUAGUUAGUGUGCAGAGGAAAUGCUCAUUUCACAGCAUCCGUGCAGUUCUUAAACUCUGCUUUGUUUUCUUGGGUCCCUCCUAGUAGGAAUUCUUUCUCAUCUUCAGUACAUAGGUGAAGUAUCUUGUCCAAAUGGAUGAUGAACUGGCUCGAGCAGUCGUAUUACUGCAGCAAUAAGAGGUUUGGGUAACCUUGAAUCCCAGUUGAUGUCCCGUCCCGGUGGAAGAGAGGCCAGUUCUGACCAAUGUGUGAGGAGAAAUGUACAAAUCGUUUCUGAAAUGCCACGUGAUUGAGAGGAGGAGGUCUGCACUGACCUGAAAUGCAGGAACUGGUGAAAGGUUUGGCAUCUCUUUUUGGUUAGAGAGGGAUCAAGGACUUAUGGAGCUGGACGGUAGCGUCAGCGAUGUCGUUGUCGAGUGUGUUUUUAGUCAGAGCGCUUCUGUGAGUGUGCAACGAGUGCUGCACACCAUGCUCUUUGUUGCUGUAGGCACUUUCUUCUUCUGUAUUCCAUUGCUUGUGUUCAGUACUCACCUCGAGAUACCUCUUGGGCACAGAGUUGUGCUUUUCCAUCAAAAGGCAAAACAAGCUCCAGUUGCCGUGUUUUGGGAAAACCUUCCCCAUUUCACAGAGUGAAGUCCAAGCAGGAGACAAACACCUCUAGCCAAACCUGCUAAUGACUUUAAGAACUCCCUCCCCCCAAAAAGAAAGCAGAUUAAAAUGACCAAUUACCUUUAGAAUCCCUCUUUACAAAGCAUAGUGUCAUCUCUUCCACUUUCCAAAAAGGAUUGGCACAAGGAGGACGAGGUGGAAAUGGCACAGGCGAAACCAGCUGCUCAGUGACCCACAGCACAAACCAAGCACACGGACAGCCCACCCCAGCAGGGCCGUGUUUCCAGCUCAGCACUGGCUUGCCCAGUGCAUCCCAGUCUGGCCCCAGGAUGUGCUGCUCAGUUGAAGUAUACUGUAGCCUGCUCUAAGGAGAUCAUCCCUCCUUGCCUUGCGUAUCCAGCCUUCAGACGAGGGAAAGAGUUGCCUCUCCUCAUUGCCAGAGCUGCCGUGCACAUACUUUGCCAAGAUCCCUGCAGAGAAAUUGGGAGUCCUGUUUUUAACAGCUAGCGUGGGGUUCACCUUUGGAAUAUUUGGUAGCUGUGGUCCCAUCUCCACUUUGCCUGUGUGAUUCUUAGCUCAGUCCUUCCUCUCCCCGACCCGUGUUGGCAGCUGCGAUCGCCACCGCAGAGGCACCUCCCGAGGCUUUCCUGCUUUGCACCUAGUCCAUGGGAUGCAGUAAUUUACCUCUGACUCAGCAAUUUCUUUUUAGUACAUUGAAACUAAAUUGCUUCUAAAUGACAGGAUUGGCACAGCCCUGCUUUUUCUUCCUUUCCUUUCUCUUUAUUUAAACUUCUGAAUGGGUGCCGCAUGUCCACAUGGUUGUUUGUUGCUAAACUUUAUAUAACGUGUGAUUUCAGAUUCAGCUUGGACUAUAUCUUAUCUCACUACAUGUAGCAGUACAUUAUAUGUAAUGUUAGUAUUUCUGCUUGAAUCCUUGAUAUUGCAAUGGAAUUCCCUACUUUAUUAAAUGUAUUUGAUAUGCUAGUUGCUGUGUAUUUAACUUUCUUUUAUGGUUGUGCUCUUCCUUUUUACAAGCCGCUAGAUACAGGUAGAUUCUGACAAUGACUGAUCUCUGUUUGUAUUGCUGAUGUACUUUAGGGGGUAUGUAAAAAUCAUUUUAACAAAAGAAAUAGCUAUUUAAAACAAAAAAUUUAAUACUAACUAUAUGGGAAAAGGGUCCAUUGUGAAAACAUAGUUUAUCUUUGGAUUCAAUGUUUGUCUUUGGUUUUACAAAGUAGCUUGUAUUUUAAGUAUUUUCUACAUAAUAUGGUAAAAAUGUAGAACAAUUGCAAUGCAUCAAUAAAAAGGGUUAAUUUUCUGUACUCUA